GAGGAAUGUGACGUGGUGCUGCAGGGGUUGAUCUCCACAGUCAGUGCCAGGCAGGGCCCUCUUAUCUCACUAUCUCCAGAGCAAAUGGCCACAAUGCCUGCCUGGGCUCCAGAUAAGGGUGUGAUUGCUGCUGGGCUGUAAAUCAUUCUGCUGCCCUGGACUGCUUGGCUGUCCCAGCCUCAGCUGGGUGGUGGGGGUGGGAGCAGGAAGAGCAGCAGCUCCGGAGCUGCUGCUUUGCUUUUCCUUGUUUUCCCCUCAUAGACCUUGCUGCCUCUCCCAGCUUCCCCCUUGUAGCCUCUUUCCAGGAGUCCCUUUUUUGCUGCUCUGCUGGGAGGAAGGGGCACAGCCCUCUGUGUGUCAUUCUGCAUCAGGGAUGGAGGGAGGGGCAGCUCUGCCCCCCUGGGCUGCCUCUGCUCUCCCUCCUUGUGUGUGGCUUUCGGGCGCUGGUUUUUGGGCUGGGCAGGGAUCGGCUCCAACACUUGUCUCAGGUCAUGGAGUGACUCUCGGCCCCUGACACUGUUUGCCAGUGUGGGUAAGGCCUCAGCAGAGCCAGGCUUAGCCUUUGCUCCUGCCCUGCUGCAUCCCAGCUCUGUCUUCCCUCUGAUGGGAAGCAGGUAGCUUCCCUGGCUCUCUCGUCCCAUGUACCAGCAGCGUGUUGUCACAGCUGCCACGGCCCCAUCCGACUGCGGUCAGCACGGAGGAGCAGGGUCUGCCUCCUGGUGCCACGGCCCCUGCAUUGGCAGGCUGGGGCAGGGCUGGCUAACUCCCUGUUUGUCCCUGAACCGCAGGUCGGAGUGCCAGACGAGAGGGGCUGUGCGUCUCUGCUCCCUGCCUGGGGCCUGCCCUGCCCUCUGCCAGCGAUGGAGUAUGUGGAUAUGAACAAGCUGAGCUGUGGGAAGAAGACGCGUGUGGAAGGUGGCCAGCUGGGGGGUGACGAAUGGACCCGCCACGGCAGCUUUGUCAAUAAGCCCACCCGUGGCUGGCUGCACCCUGAUGACAAGGUCAUGGGCCCUGGGGUCUCCUACCACGUCCGGUACAUGGGCUGUGUGGAAGUGCUCCAGUCCAUGAGGGCUCUGGAUUUCAACACCAGGACACAGGUCACCAGGGAGGCCAUUGGGUUGGUGUGUGAGGCUGUGCCCAGUGCCAAGGGAGCUGUGAGGAGGAGGAAGCCCUGUGGCCGCUCCCUGAACUCCAUCCUGGGCAAGAGCAACCUGAAGUUUGCUGGCAUGCCCAUCACCCUGACCAUCUCCACCAGCAGCCUCAACCUCAUGGCCUCAGACUGCAAGCAGAUCAUUGCCAACCACCACAUGCAGUCCAUAUCCUUCGCAUCUGGGGGAGACCCGGACACAGCCGAGUACGUCGCCUAUGUUGCCAAAGACCCCGUCAAUCAGAGAGCCUGCCAUAUCCUGGAGUGUCCUGAGGGCUUGGCGCAGGACGUGAUCAGCACCAUCGGUCAGGCCUUCGAGCUGCGCUUCAAGCAGUACCUGAAGAACCCCCCAAAGCUGGUGACCCCUCACGACAGGAUGGCAGGGUUUGAUGGCUCUGCCUGGGAUGAAGAAGAGGAGGAACCAGCCCCAGAUCACCAGUACUACAAUGACUUCCCUGGCAAGGAGCCUCCCAUUGGGGGGGUUGUGGACAUGCGGCUGCGGGAUGGGGCCGCUCAGACCCCGAAUCACUUGGGGGCCACGCUGCCUGUGGGCCAGUCCAGUGGGGAGCAUGACCCCCAGAAGCAGCACACUCCUGCCCAAGGGAGAGAGAAAUACCCAGCUCCAGCAGGCACAUCUGGCCGCGUGGACCUGUUUGAUGACCCAUCCUAUGUCAACGUGCAGAACGUGGACAAGACACGCCAGGCCCCAGCCACGGGCACCACAACCACAGCCAAUGGCAGCACACAGAGGGACCUCUUCGACAUGAAGCCCUUUGAAGAUGCCCUGCGUGUACCCCAGUCCGUGCCCAUGGGGCUGCCCCCUGCCCAGGUGGUGGCCUCCAUGGAGGAGCAGCUGAGAAGAGAGCCCUGGUACCACGGGAAGAUGAACCGCAAAGAGGCCGAGAAGCUGCUGAAGGUGAACGGAGACUUCCUGGUGCGGGAGAGCACCACCACCCCGGGCCAGUACGUGUUGACUGGCCUGCAGGGUGGGCAGCCCAAGCAUCUGCUGCUUGUCGAUCCUGAGGGAGUGGUGCGGACAAAGGACCAUCGCUUCGAGAGCGUCAGCCACCUCAUCAGCUACCACAUGGACAAUCACCUGCCCAUCAUCUCAGCUGGCAGUGAGAUGUGCCUGCAGCAGCCAGUGGAGAGGAGACUGUGAGCGCCCGGUGGGCCCCGUGCGCAGCCCCCCCAGUGCACAGCCCUCUGGCCCUGUUCCCUGCCCCAGGGAGCCCUCAGACUCUGCUGGGUGCUCUGCCCGGGACUGAGCAUGGACUUGGCUGAGGACAGGGCCUGUCUCCCUUCACCCCGUGAGACUGGUGGCCAUGGGGGGCUCAGGCUGUGAGCGCCUGUGGGAUGGGGGCUGCUAUUGCACAGCCCCUGCCCCUCCACAGCCCCUUUGCACAGCAGCUCAGCUCCCACCAAAACCCAGCCCUGCUGCUGUGCCAUGGCCACUCUGGUGCUCUCCAGCACGGGCUUGGGUCUGGCAGGUCUGAGCCCCCCUGAGCUGGAGGCAGCCUGGCCUUGUCUCUGGCCCCUGGGCCAAGGAAGGGGGCCCGUGGGGGGCUCGACUCCCCCAAGCACGAGGCCCAGCUGGCCCCACAGCGACUGUACCGGAUCACUUUACGUGUUAACUCUGUGCCUUGACCCCGCAGGUCCCACACACUUAUGCAAGGGCAGGGGCUGGGGACAGAGUCCCCCCCCCACUCCCCCCCGCACCCAUCCCCUCUCCGUGCCGUGCUCAUGCUCCAGGACUUGUGCCACGACAUCCCCUCCCUGCACGGGCGGCUCUGGCAGCCUCAGAGGGGUGGCGGGAGGACCCCCCUGCAUGCACAGCCUAACUCCCCUCCAAGCCAAAGCACGGCCUUGCCCUCCUCGCAGUCCGGGGCCCCCUGGCCCCACUAUACCAAAGGAACUGGUGGUUGUAUAUUAAAGUUGGUAUUUCUCUA